GCACUGUCUCAUCCAAUCAGAACCGUUACUAUCGACGGAGACAGAGGGCAUUUUGGAUGGACAGGGCAGACACAUGGGGAUUCGUCAGCGGUGGGAGAUGCUUAUACCUCAAGCUGCUUUUGUGUUUAUAGUCUACAAGGUGUUCUACGUAUUGUUGUUCUGAGUAUUCUGUUUCCUCCUCCUCUUGCCUCCUUCUGUCUUCUUCAUAUGGAUCUGAACGAGAGUGUCGUUCACUUCUCUCGUGCCAACGGUAUUGCAAAGCUUGACAAUUUCGGUGACACUGCCCUCAGCUUGAAAUGCCUUGGAAGCAGCGCAGGGAGAUUAAUGGGGAGCUCUCACCAUAACCACAAGCUUUGCUCUGAUGUUUCAAACUGUCCUGAUGGUGGUUGCCGGUUGGUUCUCGGUUUGGGGCCAACACCGCCUUCGUAUUAUUACAAUGUCAGGGUUAAUAAUAACAACAAAGGCUCAGCUUCUUCUGGGAUUGUUCAGGAACUCUCUUCAGGUGGUGAUUCGAUCCUGCAGCUUGGUCCUCCCGCUGUGACCAUGGAUACUUUCAGCGGUCUUGAUUGUUCGUUGUUGACGUAUACAGAGACUAAUGUGUCACAUGUUGAUGAAGGUUCCACCUCUGCAAAGCGUUCAGGUGGAUAUAUGCCAUCGCUUCUCUUCGCUCCAAGGACGGAGAACGUUCGAAAGCCUUCAAGAAUGCAGGAGUGCAAUACUAAUUUCGGAAGUGAUGCUUAUAACUCACAGCUGAGCCAUGAGUCAGAGUUCUCCGUAGGCGGUUUCUCUGAGAGGACGGCAUCUGCGACAUCUUCUCAGCACAGGACGACGAACCCGAAGAAGUGCAAGUUCAUGGGAUGUGCGAAAGGAGCUAGAGGAGCUUCGGGGCUCUGCAUUGGCCAUGGAGGUGGUCAGAGAUGUCAAAAGGCAGGCUGCAACAAAGGUGCUGAGAGCAAAACUACUUUCUGCAAAGCACAUGGUGGAGGAAAGAGAUGCCAACACUUGGGAUGCACGAAAAGCGCUGAAGGGAAAACGGAUUUCUGCAUAUCUCACGGCGGUGGAAGACGGUGUGGGUUCCCGGAGGGAUGCGCUAAGGCUGCACGUGGCAAAUCCGGGCUCUGCAUCAAGCACGGUGGUGGCAAAAGGUGUAGGAUCGAAGGAUGUACACGGAGUGCUGAAGGACAAGCCGGGCUUUGUAUUUCACACGGUGGUGGGAGACGUUGUCAGUCAUCAGGGUGUACGAAAGGUGCUCAAGGGAGUACAAACUACUGCAAAGCUCAUGGUGGAGGGAAACGCUGCAUAUUCGCGGGAUGUACGAAGGGAGCUGAAGGUAGUACUCCGCUGUGUAAAGCACACGGUGGAGGAAAACGCUGUAUGUUUGAUGGAGGUGGGAUCUGUCCUAAGAGUGUUCACGGUGGGACGAGUUUCUGUGUAGCUCACGGUGGCGGGAAGAGAUGUGUUGUGGCAGGGUGCACCAAGAGCGCUCGUGGGAGGACUGAUUGUUGUGUGAAGCACGGUGGUGGGAAACGGUGCAAAUCCUUCGGUUGCGAGAAGAGCGCGCAAGGCAGCACUGAUUUCUGCAAGGCUCACGGUGGAGGGAAACGGUGUUCGUGGGGAGGAGACUGGAAAUGCGAGAAGUUCGCUAGAGGAAAGAGCGGUUUAUGCGCUGCGCAUAACAGUAUGUCUCAGGACAAAGCUGGAAGCAAGAUUGGUUUGAUUGGACCGGGACUCUUCCGUGGCCUUGUCUCUACUUCUUCCCAGACCACAACAGCCACUGCGACUACUACUACGACCACUGAUCAUUCUCAAUCUGGAGUCAGCGCGGUCUCUGAUUGCACGGACUCCAUUGAUCACCAGCCGCAGCUGCAUCAUCACACUGAGAAAAGGCAGAAGCUGAUGAUACCAAUGCAGGUUCUUGUGCCUCCAUCGAUGAAAUCCUUGAGCUUCUCAAACACCGAGAGACCGGAAACGGAAACAAACAACAAUAGUGGCAGCAAUGGGAGGAACAUCUUUGACUUUAUGAUCCCGGAGGAGAGAGUUCACGGCGGAGGGCUGAUGUCUCUGCUUAAUGGCAGCCUGAAACAAACACUCCAU